UUCUCUCUUGUGGGACCCUUUAUGUGUCACUGUUGUGUGUGCUGCAGUGACAAUGGGAGCUAAUGUGUGACAGUGCAUGUAGGGGUGGGGAAGAGAGAGAGAGAGAGAAAGAGAGAGAGGGUGGCUAGAUAGAGAGUGCACACGAGGCGAGAGGCGCUCCCUCUAAUCCCGGCUGCGACGCCAAACAGCAUUGCACCGGCUGCUACGAUAGUCUUAAUGGAGGCUCAGGCAGACUCUGGUGCUGCAGAGCCACUUAGAGACAGAGAGUUCCAGAAGCUUCUGAAGUCCUCCAGCUCCGCCAGUCUCACCACUGAGGCAUCCCACAAUGCCUCAGGAGAGUACGUUGGCACCCCAGCACAUCACGGCAGCCAGGUGCUGAUCACCGAGAAACGACAGCCUCUCAGCAGUGUGUCCUCUCUGGAGGUACACUUCGACCUCCUGGACCUGACGGAGCUCACAGACAUGUCUGACCAGGAGCUGGGCGAGGUGUUUGCUGAUUCAGAUGAGGAGAAUCAAACAGAAUCCCCAGCAAUUCACCCCUCAGAUCGGCAGCAGCCACCAUUACCUAGAUUUCCACACGGCGGUUACGUCCGCUCACCAUCCUGGACCCGCGGUGGAAAAGCGGAACAGCAGUCGAGAGAUCGAAAGCACCACAGUGACUCCGAAAACACAGAGCCAAUGCUGAAGAUAGAGCGCUCCCAAUCCCAGCAGCCUUGAGCCAGGGGAAGCUACAGGGGCUUAGGAAGAAAACAAAGCCCUUGUGCUGAAAGUGGAGCUUCAUUCACAAGAAAGAAGUUGAGGAACUCCUGGGAUCAAAGGACAUAGUCAUUUCCACCUAAAGAUAAUGCAAUCCCUUUGUCCAUUAUGGACAAGAAGAGAACUCCAAUAAGCUAGAGUAAGUGUAGACUCUUCCUCAAGAUGCAACAGACUUCAUACAACUAGGAUUUUGGGACUCCUCUUUUGGACCGAGUUACUUUCAGUCUUCUCCAUGUGACUACUGCAUAUGGAGAACUUGCAGCAUGAUGUAGCAUAAUGGACAACACUGGCUCAAGCAAUGUGAACCUAAGAAGCAACUGAGGAAAUCCACAGUGUUUUGAAUCUUCAAGGAACUGUUUAAGGAACAGUGCAAUGGGUCGAAGCAGCAACUGUGAUAAGACAUUUCCAGAGAAUCUACAGCAUAGUUAAAGACAUGUCAAUGCAGCGUAAAGUGAGAAGUUGCAAGAAUUCCCAAAAAAUGUGUCCUUUGAGGAGAUUCUGCAUGAAAGUAUGGAUACCUAGAAACAAAGUCAAAUGUCUAAGGCCUGAAACAUACCCUACGCAAGUUCAUGAACGCAUACAUUUUGAUUGAUUUCAUAUCUUUGUGUUUCAGAGCUUGUCAGAACGGAAUUGAUAUCGCAGCAUAUUGCACUGUGUUCUCACCAUUGCCAACAAGAGGGUGUUUCUGCUAGAAUUAGCAUAAGCCAGUGAAGUGCAAUCCUGAUAUGAAAGGUCACCUUCCAGUGGGCUUUAUCUUUAACCUGACCUAACAAAUUGGCUAGGACUGGAUAACCCUUUAUCCCCUUUAGGCAGUGUUUCCCAACCCUGUUCCUGGAGGCACACUGACAGUACACAUUUUCAAACUCUUCCUAAAUACAAUACACCAGAUUAAAUCAACUCAAUAGGAGACACUGCAAGACCUGAAGGGAUAGUGUUAGGAAAUACAGCGGUCAAGGUGGAAUAUCAGUUUCAAGAGCAUACAAGUGCUGGUCAUAUAAUUAGAAUAUCAUCAAAAAGUUGAUUUACUUCACUGAUUCCAUUCAAAAAGUGAAACUUGUAUAUUAUAUUCAUUCAUUACACAAAGACUGAUACAUUUCAAAUGUUUAUUUCUUUAAUUGUUGAUGAUUAUAACUGACAACUAAGGAAAAUCCCAAAUUCAGUAUCUCAGAAAAUUAAAAUCUUAAGACCAAUACAAAGAAAGGAUUUUUAGAAAUCUUGGCCAACUAAAAAGUAUGAGCACGUACAGAACUCAAUACUUAGUUGGGGCUCCUUUUGCCUGAAUUACUGCAGCAUGCGGCGUGGCAUGGAGUCAUUUAGUCUGUGGCACUGCUCAGGUGUUAUGAGAGCCCAGGUUGCUCUGAUAGUGGCCUUCAGCUCUUCUGCAUUCUUAAGUCUGGCAUAUCACAUCUUCCUCUUUACAAUAACCCAUAGAUUGUCUAUGGGGUUAAGGUCAGGUGAGUUUGCUGGCCAGUUAAGAACAGGGAUACCAUGGUCCUAAAACCAGAUACUGGUAGCUUUGGCACUGUGUGCAGGUGCCAAGUCCUGUUGGAAAAUGAAAUCUGAAUCUCCAUAAAGUUGGUCAGCAGCAAGAGGCAUAAAGUGCUCCAAAACUUCCUGGUAUAUGGCUGUGUUGACCUUGGAUCUCAGAAAACACAGUGGACCAACACCAGCAGAUGGCAUGGCAUCCCAAACCAUCACUGACUGUGGAAACUUUACACUGGACCUGUGGAUUGUGGUGGAUGGUGUUCCUUUCCUCUCUUCCUCAAGACUCUGGGACCCUGAUUUGCAAAAUUUACUUUCAUCAGAGAACAUAACUUUGGACCAUUCAGCAGCAGUCCAGUCCUUUUUGUCUUUAGCCCAGGCAAGACACUUCUGACACAGUCUGUUGUUCAAGAGUGGCUUGACACAAGGAAUGCGAAGCUGAAACCCAUGUCUUGCAUAUGUCUAUGUGUAGUGGUUCUUGAAGCACUGACUCCAGCUGCGGUCCACUCUCUGUGAAUCUCCCCCAAAUCUUUGAAUGGGUUUUGUUUCACAAUCCUCUCCAGGGUGAGGUUAUCCCUAUUGCUUGUACACUUUUUUUCUACCACAUCUUUUCCUUCCCUUCGGCUCUCUAUUAAUGUGCUUGGACACAGAGUUCUGUUAACAGCCAGCCUCUUUUGCAAUGACCUUUUGUGUCUUGCCCUCCUUGUGCAAGGUGUCAAUUGUGUAGCCUACAGAACUAGACUGAGAGACCAUUUAAAGGCUUUGCAGGUGUUUUGAGUUAAUUAGCUGAUUAGAGUGUGGCACCAGGUGUCUUCAAUAUUGAACCUUUUCACAAUAUUCAAAUUUUCUGAGAUACUGAAUUUUGGGUUUUCCUUAGUUGUCAGUUAUAAUCAUCAAAACUAAAAGAAACAAACAUUUGAAUUAUAUUGGUCUGUGUUUAAUAAAUGAAUAUAAUAUACAAGUUUCACUUUUUGAAUGGAAUUAGUGAAAUCAACUUCUUGAUGAUAUUCUAAUUAUAUGACCAGCACCUGUACUGCUGAACGUUUUAUUUUAAAUUUGAGCAAUUUUGAUGGUAGUUAUCACCCCCUUGAUUACUGAGGUUUGUUACAACCACAGUAACACACGAAUGCACAUUAAAUAUGUACAGCAGGACCACACAAGCGUUCCGACUUGUGUAGAAUAUGUUUCUGGCCUAACUUAAUGAGUACAGCAUUUGAAGUCGCACUUGAAUGGACGAAAGGGAUAAUAAUCUUUUAGCAAUAUGUUUUUUAACCACUCUGUAUCAUUAAAUGCCAUUCAUAAUUUCACAUCAGGAUAACAUUCAAAUCAAAGUCCUCAGUUGUGAUCACCAGUGCAUAGUAGUAAAUUAUGGCUGAUCCACAAAAGAGAGAAAAAAAAGCUAUUGGGUGUGAAGUCCAAAUGCAAAUCCACAAAUUUCUGAACUCCAAUCAAACAGUUGUAUUGUAUAUGUCACCAGGGUUUUUACAGGGUUCAAUGAUGUCAAGCAUGAUCUAUACACAAGGUCACAUCGGAGAAGAAAUUUUCAAACUUCCGGAAUCAUUAACAAGUCUGCCAAAUCAAGGAGGACAAAAAACUAACAGGAAUAAAUGUGAAGUGACAAAGAUCA